CUGCAUUACACGUGAUGCUCAGUGGCUUGACCGUCACAGGGAGAGUCACGCAUUGUUUCUGGACGAACGAAAACAAACAGCGCAAGCGCUAGCAAGACUUAUUCUCCAAGAUGGCUGACGUUACCGACCCCGCUGUUGCUGCCGAGAUGAAGAAAAAGAGAACGUUCAGGACGUUCUCGUACCGUGGUGUUGAGCUCGAAAAGCUCCUGGAUAUGAACAACGAAGACUUCGUCGAACUCGUUCACGCCCGUGCUCGUCGUCGCUUCCAACGUGGUCUUAAACGCCGUCCUAUGGGUCUCAUUAAGAAGCUGCGCAAGGCCAAGAAGGAAGCACCCCCAAAUGAGAAGCCUGCUGUUGUCAAGACCCAUCUGCGCGACAUGAUUGUCGUCCCAGAGAUGAUUGGGAGUGUUGUGGGUAUUUACAAUGGAAAAGUCUUCAACUCUGUGGAAAUCAAACCUGAGAUGACCGGUCACUACCUUGGUGAAUUCUCUGUCUCAUACAGACCUGUUAAGCACGGUCGUCCCGGUAUUGGUGCAACGCACUCUUCCCGAUUCAUUCCUCUGAAGUAAUUGUCGGACUCGGAGGCCUCUCUGUUGUAUCCAGGUUGUAUCUCAUGCUUGCACGACCACACAAUUCAUAUAUCAAUGAUGAAAUCGUGUACAGUAUUUGACAACUAGUUCGCCUGUUCUUUGCUCUGCUACACGCUCCCCAAAAUGCCAUCCUU